AUGGCAAACAAUGACGAAGGACGAAAUCACGACGAAAAUGACGAAGACGUGCUGCAAGCCGACGCGAUGACGGUGAUCCGGCUAAAAGAAGAGCUUAAAAGACGUAAGUUAAAGGUGUCGGGCAAUAAAGUCGAUCUAGUAGCACGACUAAAGGCGGCCUUAGUGCUGGAAGGCCAACACGAGGAAGAUGACGACAACGACGGAUCCAGCGACGAAGACGAAGGAAGCGAUGCCGACGCAGAUGGCGCCGCAAAAAACAGACGCCGAUCAAAAUUUGUGCCGACUUUCAAGGACGUGGAAGAAUCAAUUGACACAUUCAGUGGAGAUGACGGUACAAAUGUGAAGACGUGGAUCAAAGAGUUUGAGGAUCUGGUCAAGUUAUGCGAGUGGAACGAGACACAAAAGAUCAUCUAUGCGAAGAGGUUACUGAGAGGCUCUGCCCGCUUGUUCAUAAAAUCUGGUGAUUGCCCAAAGACGUGGAAGGUUAUGAAAACUGCCCUGAAGUCGGAAUUCACACAGAGAGUGGACAGUCGUGCGGUACAUAAGCAGCUGCAGAGAAGAAAAAAAAAAGCCAGCGAAUCCUACCAUGAAUACUGUUACAAGAUGGUGGAAAUAGCUACGCGAGCGGACGUUGAGACGAAAGCGGUAAUUCAGUAUAUUAUUGACGGCAUAGACGACGAAGAAUAUCGUAAGUCCGUCUUAUACGGUGCUAAAACUAUUCGCGAAUUAAAGGACAAAUUCGAUACUUAUGUAGAAAUGUGUGGUAGAAUAAAAACAAAGUCGAACGAAAAUAAAAAGAAAUCGCCGGUGGAAAGUAAAGUUGUGAAACAAAACGGAAAACGCUGUUAUAAUUGUGGUGACAGUAAUCAUUUAAGUGCAGUAUGCCCGUCGAAAGGGCAAGGCCUGAAAUGUUUCGGUUGUAAUAAAUACGGUCACAUAGCGGCGAAAUGCCCGGAGAGUGCAGAUGCGGAAAAGAAGAAAAGUUGUAACGUAAUACAGUCCGAUUCCGGAAAAUGCCGUAAAGACGUAAUUAUAAACAAUACGAAGUUGAGCGCGAUAAUCGAUUCCGGUAGUGAUAUCAGUCUGAUGUGUGAAGAAAAUUAUAAACAAGUCGGAUCGCCGGUCUUAGGAAAUCGUACGAUUAGAUUCCGAGGAGCAGGUUCGGGAGAAAACACGACGUUAGGAGAUAUGCGCUUAAAAAUCUGUAUCGAUAUGGAAAUAUAUGAUAUCAUUGUGCAUCUUGUUCGCGACGAAAUAAUUCCGCACGGUGUGCUCAUAGGAUCCGAUUUUUUGAACGGUGUCGAAGUAAAUAUCAAAAGGGGAAUCGUAAAUAUUUCAAAAAUCGCGGAUGAUUCUAGCGAGUUCGCGGAAGUUUGUAAAAUUGACGCGGUGCAAAAUGACGAGCACAUGGAUUUAUCGCACAUCGCGAACGACGAUAUUAAGACAGAAGUAGCAGGCCUAAUAAAAGAAUAUAAGCCGAAAAAAGAGGAGGAAGUAGAUGUCAAAAUGACUAUAGUUGUAAAAGACGAUGUUCCAGUCACACAAAACGCGCGUAGACUAUCGGUAGCGGAAAAGGCUGAGGUAGAUUUACAAAUUCACGAGUGGCUUGAAGAAGGAAUAGUGCGACCAUCAUGUUCAGAUUACGCAAGCCCGAUAGUACUGGUUAGAAAAAAGAAUGACUCGAUAAGAAUUUGCGUGGACUAUCGAAGGUUGAACGAAAAGAUAAUUAAGAAUCGAUAUCCUUUACCGUUGAUCGAGGACCAAUUAGAUUUUUUGCAAGACGCGAAGGUGUAUAGUACGCUCGAUUUAAAGAACGGGUUUUUCCACGUGCCGGUUGAGGAAACGAGUGUUAAGUACACUGCUUUUGUUGUCUCGAAUGGACAAUAUGAAUUUUUAAGAAUGCCAUUUGGCCUCAGCACUUCUCCAGCGUAUUUUCAAAAAUAUUUUUGA